ACAACCCAAAUAAAAAACCUGUGGUCGUUAGGGCCUAUAUGAUUCCAGAGGCAGACCCGAAAAACAAUCGUCUCCGCUCUCUGUCGGAAUUCGGAAAUCCGAUAUUCCGUUUCCUUAUUAUCAUCUUUCUCACCGACUCCGGCGAAACCGUUAUGCGCUGAGUUAAAUCCCAAAUAAAAAUAACCAGCGACGACAAUGGAAGAUCCCUAUCCAAGCCACAAGCUCUGUGGUUUCCUUUCCACAGUUCUUGCUCUUCCCUCACUCGAUCCUUCCCUAUCCUUCCUCUCUCCUUGCCAUGUGUUCGCUGAUGGUUCCGAAAUUGGGUUCAAGGCCCAAAACGGCGUUUUUCUCUUCCCAGUUACCUCCAGCAAGAUAGAUUGUCCUUCGCCCUUGCAGAGAAACAGCGACGUUUCCUCGAGCAGUUCGAGUUCGAGGAAGAGAAGGUACAAGAGAGGAAUUGGAAUGGUUAAUGGAAGCUUGAGCGUGGUGCACCAGAUUCAAGCCUUGGUGUCAAGUAAGUGUAUCAAGGUUGUUGCGCGUAUUUUGAAGGUUCAAGUUUGCGAGAGUGGGGAACAUGAGGCGAAGGCUGUGGUGCUUGUGGAUGUGUAUUUGCCAGUUGAGUUGUGGACUGGUUGGCAGUUCCCGAAAUCUGGGUCAAUUGCUGGAGCUCUUUUCAGGCACUUGAGUUGUGAUUGGGGGAAGAGAAGCUCAAUGCUUGCUGAUGAAGGUGGGUUUUUUGAAAAUGUGAAUGGAACAAGUGUCUGGAAUCUCUCUGAUUGUCAUGUUCUUGGAUGUCAGUUGCAUUGUAAUGUCCCUGAUUCUUCAAAGAGAAGGCGCUUUGAACUUCAUGAAAUUUUUAAGGGCUUGCCUAGUGUGGGAAACAAGGAAAAGUUUUAUUCUUCAAGAGUGAAACCAGCAGAUGGCUCUUUUGGGUCUGGUAUUUGGGAUCUAACUGACGAUAUUUUGACUAGUAUUCUAACUGUCCUUGGCCCUAUGGACCUUGUCAGGGUUUCUGCAACCUGUCACCAUUUGAGAUCUUUGGCUUUAUCAAUAAUGCCAUGCAUGAAACUUAAACUAUUUCCUCACCAGGAGGCAGCAGUUGAGUGGAUGUUGCAGCGUGAGCGGAAUGCUCAAGUUUCCCCGCAUCCUCUAUACAUGAAUUUUUCAACUGAAGAUGGGUUCACAUUCUAUGUAAAUAUUGUAUCUGGUGAAUUGGUUACUGAAAUAGCACCUACAUUUACAGAUUUUCGUGGGGGAAUGUUCUGUGAUGAACCUGGCUUAGGAAAGACAAUAACUGCCCUUUCCCUUAUACUGAAGACACAAGGAACAAUUGCUGACCCACCAGAUGGAGUACAAGUAACCUGGUGUUCACAUAAUGGUGAUCAGAGAUGUGGAUAUUAUGAGCUUAAUGGUGACAACUUCACACGUGAUAGUAAAAUUUUGGGGAAAAGAGCUAUGUCCCUGAGCCCUCAUAGGACUCUAUUUUCUUUGGAUAACCUCAGCUAUUCUACACCUAAAAGAACAAAGUCAAUGGAUUUAAGUAAGCAAGCUGUACAGGUUGAUGAGUCCUGUUCAGGUAAAGGAAUGAAAUCACUAUCAGCUUCAUGCUCGAAGCCAGCUGCACAGGUAUUUCGAUGCACAAGGAGCUUGAGUCGUGUCAAGAGAAAUCUCUUCCUCACAUAUAAAGAAGAAUCUGACUUUGGAAGCAAAAGGAACAUUGUAGGAAACGCAACCAGGAGGAAAUGUGAUUUUAGUGUCCCAAUGAACACUUCUUGGGAUCAGCAUCUGGACAUGUCAUGUGGAGAGGCUAGUGCAGAUUGCUUAGUUUAUAAUGAAACUUGGGUUCAGUGUGAUGCCUGUCGAAAAUGGAGGAAGCUUACAGAUGCUGUACCUAAUGCUAGUGAGGCAUGGUUCUGUAGUAUGAACAAUGAUCCUGCUCAUCGGAGUUGCAAAGAUCCAGAAGAAGCUUGGGAUGGUUGUGAAUCUAUAACAUAUCUUCCAGGAUUUCAUCCCAAGGGAACAUCUGGAGCAAAUGAGCAAAAUGUGUCAUUUUUCAUCAGUGUGCUUAAGGAGCAUUGGUCAGUGACAAAUUCUAAAACAAAGAAAGCCUUGGCUUGGCUGGCAAAACUUCCUUCAGAAAGACUUUCUCAAAUGGAAACAAUUGGUUUGCUAUGUCCCAUCUUAGAUAAUUGUUCUUUAUCUGGUAGUGACAUUCAUGCAUAUCAUAAAAUAUUUCAAUCAUUUGGUCUUAUAAAAAGAGUAGAAAAGGUUAGUAGGUGGUAUUAUCCACAGACUCUUGAAAACUUGGUAUUUGAUGUGGAUGCUCUGAAAAUUGCUCUUUGCAACCCCUUGAAUUCCAUUAGGUUAUAUUUGUCAAGAGCAACUUUGAUUGUUGUUCCAGCAAACCUUGUUGAUCAUUGGAAAACUCAAAUCCAAAAGCAUGUCAAACCUGGUCAGUUGAGGGUUUGCAUCUGGACUGAUCAUAAAAAGCCUUCUGCACAUGGUCUGGCAUGGGACUAUGAUGUUGUUAUAACUACCUUUAAUCGUUUAAGUGCAGAGUGGGGUUCCAGUAAAAGAAGUCCUCUUAUGCAAGUCCAUUGGCUUAGAGUCAUGCUAGAUGAGGGUCACACUCUUGGUUCUAGUCUUAACUUGACAAACAAAUUGCAAAUGGCUAUUUCAUUAAUGGCUACAAAUCGCUGGUUGCUAACUGGAACACCAACACCUAAUACGCCCAAUAGUCAGUUGUCACAUCUUCAGCCAAUGCUUAAGUUCCUACAUGAGGAAGUGUAUGGACAGAAUCAGAAGUCCUGGGAAGCUGGCAUUCUUAGGCCAUUUGAAGCAGAGAUGGAAGAAGGUCACUCACGUCUGUUGCAGUUGCUGCAUAGGUGCUUGAUUAGUGCUAGAAAGAAAGAUUUGAAAACCAUUCCCCCAUGCAUCAAGAAGGUGACAUUUCUCAAUUUCACGGAUGAGCAUGCAAGAAGUUAUAAUGAAUUGGUAGUUACCGUACGACGGAAUAUACUAAUGGCUGAUUGGAACGAUCCUUCUCAUGUUGAAAGUUUACUUAACCAAAAGCAGUGGAAGUUUCGAAGUGCUACAAUUAGAAAUGUCAGGCUAUCUUGCUGUGUGGCAGGACAUAUUAAAGUGACAGAUGCAGGUGAAGAUAUUCAGGAAACAAUGGACAUUUUAGUUGAAAAGGGUCUGGAAUCCAAGUCGGAGGAGUAUGCUUUAAUAAAGUAUUAUUUACAAUAUGGUGGCAACUGUCUAAGAUGCAAGGAGUGGUGCCGACUUCCUGUUGUCACACCAUGUAGGCAUCUUUUGUGCCUUGACUGUGUUGGGCUGGAUAGUGAAAGAUGUACUUUUCCUGGAUGUGGUAACUUAUAUGAGAUGCAAACUCCUGAAAAUUUAGCCCGGCCAGAAAAUCCCAAUCCAAAGUGGCCUGUUCCCAAAGACCUUAUUGAGUUACAACCUUCAUAUAAACAGGAUGACUGGGACCCUGAUUGGCAAUCAACAUCUAGCAGUAAGGUUUCUUACCUUGUACAGAGGCUGAAAUCAUUGCAGGAAGCUAAUAUAGAGAGUGGCCACUUUGUUGACAAGGAAAGAGAUACCCGGGACAUUGAGCAACCUUGCCCCUCUUUGAUGUGUGAUUCAAGUGCAUUGUUGCUGGACUGCUCUAGACAGAGUUCUGAAUCUUCCAAGGCAGCUACAGAAAAAGUUCUGAUAUUUUCUCAGUUUCUUGAACAUAUACAUGUGAUUGAACAGCAGUUAACAUUUGCUGGUAUCAAAUUUGCUGGACAUUAUAGUCCUAUGCACUCGAGCAACAAGAUGAAGUCACUGACCACAUUCCAACAUGAUGCAACAUGUAUGGCUCUUUUAAUGGACGGAAGUGCUGCCUUGGGUCUUGACUUGAGCUUCGUGACACAUGUAUUCUUAAUGGAGCCAAUCUGGGACAGAAGCAUGGAGGAACAAGUGAUCAGUCGUGCUCAUCGGAUGGGUGCUACUCGUCCCAUUCACGUGGAGACUUUAGCAAUGCGUGGCACGAUUGAAGAGCAAAUGUUGGAAUUCCUAAAGGACACUGAUGAAUGUAGGAAAUUAUUGAAAGAAGAGUUUGGAAAAUCUAACCAUCAGGGAGCAAGACCUCAUCGUUCACUACAUGAUUUUGCUGAGCGCAAUUAUUUGGCCCAGCUGAGCUUUGUUUAUACUAGUCCUAGAACAUAAGAGUGCUUAUGAUGCUGAUAUCGAUCAAGAGGAUCCAAGGAUUGAAUCAAAUUCUUUUUUUUUUUUCCUGAUGAAAAUUAUAGAUUGAUUAUUUUGGAAUUCAUUGAUUUCUAAUAUAUGAUGAUCAAAUCUUUAAUUUUACAAGUUCAAAACUCAGUAUAGGAAAGUAAAUUGAAUUGAAUCCUUCUAAGGCCUCUGUUUUGUAUUGGAACUUUUUCAUUUUUAUUUAACAAGAAAUCUUUGAUCA